CGGCCCCGCCCCGGGGCCGCCUCCCCGCGGGUUCCGUUGGCUGUGGCGGCAGCUGAAGCUGUGGCGGCGGGGGCCGCGGGGCGGGCGUAAGAUGGCGACAGCGGCGGCGGGAGCUCUGGGCCUGUUGUGGGGCUGGCUGUGGAGCGAGCGCUUCUGGCUGCCCCAGAACGUGAGCUGGGCCGACUUCGAGGGGCAGGGCGACGAUUACGGCUACCCGCGGGCCCGGCACAUUCUCUCGGUGUUCCCACUGGCGGCGGGAGUGUUCUCCGUGAGGCUGCUCUUCGAGCGGUUUAUUGCCAAACCCUGUGCACUCCAUGUUGGCAUCCAGGACAGUGGUCCUUAUCAGGCACAACCUAAUGCUAUCCUUGAAAAGGUGUUCAUGUCUAUUACCAAGUAUCCUGAUGAGAAAAGGCUGGAGGGCCUGUCAAAGCAACUAGACUGGGAUGUCCGAAAAAUCCAAUGCUGGUUUCGCCAUCGGAGGAAUCAGGACAAGCCCCCAACGCUCACUAAAUUUUGUGAAAGCAUGUGGAGAUUCACUUUUUAUUUAUGUAUAUUCUGCUACGGAAUUAGAUUUCUCUGGUCGUCACCUUGGUUCUGGGACACCCGACAGUGUUGGCACAGUUACCCUUAUCAGCCUCUCACAAGUGGGCUUUAUUACUAUUAUAUCAUGGAAUUGGCUUUCUAUUGGUCUCUCAUGUUUUCUCAGUUUACAGACAUUAAAAGAAAGGACUUUCUGAUCAUGUUUGUGCAUCACCUGGCCACCAUUGGGCUUAUUACCUUCUCCUACAUCAACAACAUGGUUCGAGUGGGAACGCUGGUGUUGUGUCUACAUGAUGUCUCAGACUUCUUGCUGGAGGCAGCCAAGCUAGCCAAUUAUGCCAAGUACCAGCGUCUCUGUGACACCCUUUUUGUGAUCUUCAGUGCUGUUUUUGUGGUGACUCGCCUAGGAAUCUAUCCAUUCUGGAUCCUGAACACAACCCUCUUUGAGAGUUGGGAGAUGAUUGGGCCCUAUCCUUCCUGGUGGCUUUUCAACAGCCUUCUCCUGGUCCUACAGGUUCUGCAUGUCAUCUGGUCCUACCUAAUUGCACGAAUUGCUUUCAAAGCCUUGAUCCGAGGAAAGGUGUCUAAAGAUGAUCGCAGUGAUGUGGAGAGCAGCUCAGAGGAAGAAGAUAUAACCACCAGCACGAAAGGCCCCUGUGGCCGCAGCUCCAGCAAUGGUGCCAAUCGGGUGAAUGGUCACAUGGGAGGCAGCUACUGGGCUGAAGAGUAAGGCGGUUGGUAUGGGGACUUCAGCAUAGAUGGACUUGUAGGGCCACUGGCCACCUACUCCUCUUGGUCCUCCCCACAUCUACAUUCCUGGGACUAGGGGGUGUGCAGGGCACUGAGGAGAAUCAAAGAAGCAAAAUAUUUUCACUUAAAAAAAAAAAAAAAACUCUGCCAUUUCGUAUUUAAUAGCCUCCAGGUUUUCAGUAAUGUUAUUUGCUCUGUGUGUGCGCGUGCGUGUGUGUGUAUGUGCGCGCCUGUGCAUGUGCAUUUGUGCAUAUGCAUGAGUCUCGUUGCCUAGGUUGGGGCACAUUUCUGGACUAGGGCCGUUAGGCCUUGCCUGGUCUCCUCUGAACCCACCUCAGUCCCAGAUUUGGCUGCAUCUUGAAUUAUGCUGUUUCCAGAGUGUCCCCUCCCUGGUUGCCCAUGGCUCUUGAGCCCUGACCAUCUGAAUGGAGCAGCUGAGUUUAGCUCCACGUUUCUGCACUGUUUCUUGUUUGGAGCUGGAAUAUUUCGCAUGAAGCUGUAUGCAAACAGACAGCCAUGAAAUGGGUGGCCAGGAUUGCUGCGGCCCAUAGCUAGAUCCCCUUCCUGCCACCUGGUAGUGACAGGGACAAGACAACUGCUGAUACCCUGCUCUUUAUUCAAAUGGUACGCAGGAAGUAGGGGGGGAGGAGCGGGUGAGCUGAGGGCUGGAGGACAACAGCCACUGGGUGAGCUGUUAACGGUUUAUACUAUUGUUUACUCUUCUGUGAUUAAAAGUGCUUCAACCCUCA